CAAAUUAUUAGAAGGUCUCUUUCUCUCUCUUCCACUCUCACUCUCCCUCUUUCUCUCACAUAAAAGGGCGAAACUUCGCCGCCUCUCAGGCUCUCAGCCACUGCCUUCCUGCUACUCGCUCUCUACCCCCUCCUAAAACCUCAGCGUGCGACUCUCACCCUCUCUCCACACACAGAGAUAUAUAUAUUCAUAUAUUCAUCGUUCCCACCGUCACAGAAUAGGUGGUGAAAAUGGCUGGAAAGUCGAAUAAAGGGAGGAACCGUAGAGUGGCACAUAAUGCUGCAAAUUCUUCUGAUGCAGUGGUCCCGACUGAUGCUCCUGUGAAAGAUAACUCAAGCGCUUCAGAGCCCAUCAAAGCUGAUGCUAAUGGUGUUUCAGCUGUGGAAGAAUCAACUGAGGCCAAGCCAGAGGCAAAAGAGUCUGAAACAGAGAAUUCAACCAGCCAACCUAAGCAAGGCGACCUUCAUCUGUAUCCCGUCUCUGUCAAGACACAAAGUGGCGAGAAGCUUGAGCUACAAUUGAACCCGGGAGAUUCUGUUAUGGAUAUAAGACAGUUUCUGCUUGAUGCGCCAGAGACAUGUUUCUUCACAUGCUAUGACUUAUUGCUACACACAAAGGAUGGCUCCACUCAUCAUUUGGAAGACUUUAAUGAAAUUUCUGAAGUUUCUGACAUUACCAUUGGUGGUUGCUCCUUGGAGAUGGUUCCUGCUUUAUAUGAUGAUAGAUCUAUAAGGGCUCAUGUUCAUCGUACACGAGAAUUACUUUCCCUGUCCACACUUCAUGCGUCACUAUCAACAUCACUUGCAUUACAGUAUGAGACAGCACAAAACAAAGUAUCAAGUCCCGGAGAUACCACAAAAACUGAGGUCCCAGAGCUUGAUGGUUUGGGUUUUAUGGAGGAUGUUGCCGGUUCAUUGAGCAAUUUGCUAUCAUCACCUUCAAUAGAGAUCAAAUGUGUGGAGAGUAUUGUGUUUUCAUCCUUCAACCCUCCACCAAGCUAUAGAAGGCUUGUUGGGGAUUUGAUUUAUUUGGAUGUAGUAACAAUGGAGGGUAAUAAACAUUGUAUUACGGGGACUACAAAAAUGUUUUAUGUAAAUUCAAGCACCGGGAAUACUCUUGAUCCUCGGCCGAGUAAAAGCAAUUUGGAAGCUACCACACUUGUUGGACUUUUGCAAAAGAUCAGCUCUAAGUUCAAAAAAGCUUUUCGUGAAAUUUUGGAGCGGAGGGCUUCUGCACAUCCCUUCGAAAAUGUUCAAUCUUUAUUGCCACCAAAUUCAUGGCUAGGGUUAUAUCCAGUUCCAGAUCAUGAGCGUGAUGCAGCCAGAGCAGAGGAUGCCCUUACUCUCUCCUAUGGUAGUGAGUUAAUUGGCAUGCAAAGGGAUUGGAAUGAGGAGUUGCAAUCUUGUAGGGAAUUUCCGCAUACCACUCCUCAGGAAAGAAUUUUGCGGGAUAGGGCUCUUUACAAAGUGACUUCAGACUUCGUUGAUGCAGCUAUGAGUGGUGCUAUUGGAGUCAUUAGCAGAUGCAUACCACCUAUAAAUCCCACUGAUCCAGAGUGCUUCCACAUGUAUGUCCACAAUAAUAUAUUCUUCAGUUUUGCUGUUGAUGCGGACCUUGAGCAGCUGUCUAAGAAACAUGCAGAUUCUAGUUCAAAGAUCGGAAGCACUGGCUCUUUACGCAGUUCUUCUGAGAAGGCUCCUCCUGAUAGCUUGUUGCAUGGAGAGAGUGGAAUUCCCAAUGGGGAAAAAUGUGAUAGAUCCAGUACAAUGGAAUGUCAUGUCGCCAUGGAAUCGUCUCCUGAUGUUUCUGCGGAGACGCAAUUGGGUGAAACCGAGCAGGCUACUUAUGCUUCUGCAAAUAAUGAUUUGAAAGGCACCAAGGCAUACCAAGAAGCUGAUGUUUCUGGACUUUAUAAUCUCGCUAUGGCCAUAAUCGAUUACAGGGGACAUAGAGUAGUAGCUCAGAGUGUUUUACCAGGCAUUCUUCAAGGGGAUAAAUCAGACUCUCUUCUAUAUGGUUCUGUUGAUAAUGGAAAGAAGAUAUGCUGGAAUGAAGAGUUCCAUUCCAAGGUGGUGGAAGCUGCUAAACGCCUUCAUCUGAAAGAACACACUGUCCUUGAUGGAUCUGGGAAUGUUUUUAAGUUAGCAGCACCGGUAGAAUGCAAGGGUAUUGUUGGUAGUGAUGACAGACAUUAUCUCCUUGACUUGAUGAGAGUAACUCCCCGUGAUGCAAACUUCACUGGGCCUGGGUCCAGAUUUUGUAUUUUGAGGCCUGAACUAAUUACUGCUUACUGCCAGGUCCAAGCUGCAGAGAAACCAAAAUGUAAGUCAAGUGAGGGAGAAGGUCACGUCACCAAUGAUUCUCCAAACAUCACCGAUGUUAAAGAGGACAUAACAGGAGAAGGGAAGGACACAGAUGCAGAAGGUGCUUCUCCACCCACCGACAACUCUGAAUCAUGCAAGGAAUCUCUUUCCAACCCUGAUGCCUUAACUGAGUUUAAGGUGGCUGGAAGUGAGGAGGACAUAACAGAAAAAGGGAAGGCCACAGAUGCACAAGAAGGUGCUUCCCCACCCACGGACAGCGCUGAAUCAUGCGAGGACAUUCUUUUCAACCCUAAUGUCUUCACUGAGUUUAAGUUGGCGGGAAGUGAGGAGGAGAUUGAAGCAGACGAAGGAAAUGUGAGGAAAGCCAGUUUGUAUCUUACAGAUGUUGUGCUUCCGAAGUUUAUACAAGACCUUUGCACACUUGAAGUAUCACCCAUGGAUGGGCAAACACUAACUGAAGCACUCCAUGCUCAUGGAAUUAAUGUUCGCUAUAUUGGGAAAGUGGCUGAUGGGACCAGACAUUUACCUCAUCUCUGGGAUCUUUGCUCUAAUGAGAUUGUGGUGAGAUCAGCAAAGCACAUUCUCAAGGAUGCCUUGAGAGAAACGGAUGAUCAUGAUAUUGGGCCUGCAAUCUCCCAUUUCUUCAACUGUUUUUUUGGAAGCAGUCAAGCUGUUAGCUCUAAAGUGGCUGCUAAUAGUGUGCAGUCUAGAACCCCCAAAAAAGAACAAACAGGCCAUCAAUCUUCAGGAAAGCUGUCCAAGGGACAAGGAAGAUGGAAGGAUGGAGCAUCUACAAGAAAAAAUCAAUCCUCAUUUAUGCAUGUUAGCUCAGAAACUCUAUGGUCUGACAUUCAAGAAUUUGCAAAGCUCAAAUAUCAGUUUGAGCUGCCAGAGGAUGCUAGGACUCAUGUAAAGAAAGAUUCUGUUAUACGUAAUCUUUGUCAGAAGGUGGGCAUUACAAUUGCAGCUCGCAGAUAUGAUCUUAAUUCUGCAGCACCUUUCCAAAUAUCAGAUAUCUUAAAUCUGCAACCUGUAGUGAAACACUCAGUUCCUGUGUGUUCAGAAGCUAAGGAUCUUGUGGAAACAGGAAAGAUCCAACUGGCAGAGGGAAUGCUAAGCGAAGCCUACACAUUAUUUUCUGAAGCAUUUUCGAUACUUCAGCAGGUUACUGGUCCAAUGCAUCGGGAGGUUGCAAACUGCUGUCGGUAUCUUGCCAUGGUCCUUUAUCAUGCAGGAGAUAUGGCGGGAGCCAUAAUGCAACAACACAAGGAACUAAUUAUAAACGAGCGUUGCCUGGGUUUAGACCACCCUGACACUGCUCACAGGUAUUGGGUUCUUGUGUUUAUUUUUGUUUCAUUAACUGAGAUGGUUGUUGAAUACUUAUUCUGAAUUGAAUUUCCUGUG